AUGGGUUGUGAGAAUGGAUGUAAUAAAGUUAAAAAAUAUACAGAAGAUACUUAUUGUGAGUUGUCUAAUAUAUGUGGACGAUGUAAAGAAAAAGAGUCAUCAUUUUUUUCUAAGUCAGAGGCCUUUUGUAGUCAGUGCUUUAUAAUUUAUAUAAAACGAAAGUUUCAUAAGACAUUAGAAUCUUUUUUUAAGGAAGAUAUAUCUUUUAAGAAUAAUAAGGCUUUAAUUGCAGUUUCUGAAGGAACUUCUCUUGCACUUAUAAAAUUUUUUUCAGAAAAUUCUGAUAAAUUUAAAUUUAAAAGAUAUUUUAAUAUACUUGAUUUUAUACAUAUUGAAGAAGAUGGUUCAGUGAAAGAAGUGUCUAAUUCAUCAUAUAUUUCUGAAAAAAUAAAUGAGAUGCUUCCAGAAUCUUUAUUUUUUCUAAUUAAUUUAAAAAAUUAUAUACUCAACUCGGAUGAAAAUAUUAAACUGUUUUGGGAUAAGAUGUCAGAUGCAUUGUUAGGUUCUCAAAUAUCUAAAGAGUCUGUUGGUUCUUUGAAUGAUCUUUUAUCUCCUUUAUCAUCUACAACAUCUCGUAUGGAUAUUUUAAAAUGUAUACGUAAUAAUAUUAUCUAUAAUUUUGCAGAGAAAAAUGGAUACAAUGUUAUUAUUUUUGGGGAUACUAUUUCUUCAAUAGCAUCUAAAAUUAUUUCAGAAACAGCAAAAGGUCGAGGAUACUCUAUACCAUGGGAAACUCGUGGGAAAAUAAAACAACAUUUAUAUGACAUAUGGUUAUUGCGACCAAUGAAAGACAUUUUAAGACAAGAAGCAUAUUAUUUUUUAGAAAUCAAUGGGAUUCAAAAUAUAAAGAAAUUUUAUCAUAAAGCUACUACAAUAGAUGAAUUAGUGGAUCGAUAUUUUGAUGAUCUUGAAAAAAAUAAUCCCAGUUUUUUGUUUACUGUUGCUAAAACUUCAGCAAAACUUCAGGUUCCAGAAAUAAAAGAUACAAAAGAAUAUUCAAAUUCAGAAUUUUGUUUUAUAUGUCAAAUGCCGAAAGAAAAUAAUGUCAAUGAUUGGCUUAAAAAAAUAGCACUAGAUAAAAAUGAUCUAAGUAAUGUUACUAAUACUGAAAUAAAUGAGAAUUAUGAAAAUUAUCUUAAUAGAACAAAGGAUGUGUGUUAUGGAUGUUUUAUUAUGUUAAGGGGAUCUAAAAGUGAAUUUAUUCUUCCGUAUUUUGAAAAAGGAAACAUAAAUUCUAUAAGAAACCCUAAGGAUGAAGUUUUAAGCGAAUAUCUUAUAGAUUAAUAAUAAUCUUUAAAAUUUUUAAUACAUAUAAAUUUUAUAUAUUGAGAGAAUAUUAUAACUAGCUUUAUAGUUAAUCAUAUGUAUUAAUAUAAAACAUAUCUGUAUG